GACCCCCUCAGACCCGACCCGCUCCUGCUCGCCGCCCCCAAUUGCAUCGAUGAAAAUACAGCCAAGAACACUGCCAGGCACAAUGUCCUCACUUCCCCGAGGGCUCGUCAUAUUUCGACACUCGACCUUCCGACGCUCCUCCGAUAGCUUCCUAACAAGGUUGCUUGCGAGAGUAGAAGAGUCCUCUGCAUUUGCUCCUUGCAGCACGAGGAUACCAUCUAGACCGCCAUAUGCCCUUCUCCCUCGCUCAUAACUCUGACUAAAAUCGGCCGAUCUUAUUUUAUCACGUACCGUUGUCACCUGUACACCUCACUAGCGGCACCCGCCCGCAUCCAGUGACGUGAAAACAGUCAGACAAACGCACAAAAAUCUCAAAGAUCUGUAAGGACGUACACCACCUCUGCGUUGAAACCGUUCUUUCACGUCGACUCUACUAGUCAUUUGAGCGCUGCGCUCUCUUAAAAGGCAUGCGGCUUGACAUCGUAAUUCGCCUUUUCUGGCUAAUGCUUCCCUCCAGACCAUGUCGAACCCGCCGACGCUAGAAACUAUGGAUGCCUGCCCUUCCCCCGGCCUUCUUCGUUGCAGGAAGGUUUUAGAAGGAUACAAGCACCAUGAUAUCCCAGAUUUGUCUGCUAGACGCUUUCCGCCCGGCGUCGUGCACGCAAGAGCAGCAAGGCUUACUACUUCUCUUUCCUCAGCCGUCGGUCAGCCCACGACUGGCGUUGUAUAUGCUACUCUACUUGUGGCGAUUUGCCGUGUCCUGGGUGCAUACUGUCAUUGCAACGAUGUUCUCUUGGCUCUCGUACAGGACGGCCAGACGCAAUUGCGGCCCAUUCGAGUCUUUUGGGACGAGACUCAGUCCUGGUCGGAUCUCGUUUAUUCGCUUGCUGAUGUCAUUGACAGCAACUCGUUGCCCGAAGCCUCACUGACGGAUCUCCAGGAGAUUCUGGGUAUGAAUGAGAAACAAUCUCCAUGUCAUGCCACCGUACGACUUUCUGCUACUCCAACAAGUUCAUGCGAUCUCGGUAUUUCCCUAGCGUUCUCGUUUGAUCAUACUAGCCUUCUCCUUUCUGCGGCCGCCACCGAUGCGGUACUCCAUACUUCUGGCUUAGAGCUUCUCGUCUCUCAAGUCGGCGCCCUCUUUGAACAUGGGCUCCGGGAUUCCUCUAGGCCACUCGCCCGACUCCCUGAUUUACCACAAGAUUUGCUGUCAGUCUACGAGAAGUUGACUCUAGAUGAGCGGGCAAAGUAUUACCAUAGGAUUCCACAGGUAAAGAUGACCACCGAUCAUCUUAUACUUCGCGCGAAGGAAAACCCCAAUGGUAUCGCCUUACGUUGGUACCCAUAUAUAUCUCCAGACGAGAAUAUAUCGUCGUUGCCUUUCGAUUCACUCACUUAUUUGGAAUGGGACCGUUUGGCCAACCGGUUCGGACGGUGGCUGCUUCGGAAAGGCUUACAGCUGGAAGAUCGGGUAGCAGUCUGUAUGCAGAGAAACACCUGGUUCCACAUCGCCUUCGCCGGGAUUCUUCGCGCUGGUGGUUGUUACGUACCGAUUGAUCCAGAGUUACCGGAUGAACGGCAGACAUUCAUUGCCAAAGAUUCAAAUGCCCGUUUUGUAUUGACGUCUUCCAAGUUGUCAUCGUUCGGGCUUUUUGGAAGCAACGCUGUCGAUACCGACGAUCCUACUGAACAGGCCCUGAUUCUUGAGGAGUCUGCUGAAGCACUCCAAAUCCCUGGCCCCGAUAAUCUCUCGUACCUUCUCUAUACUUCUGGUACAACGGGUACUCCUAAGGGGUGUUUGCUUACUCACAAGGGACUCACUGAAGCCUCCUGGGCUAUAGGAGACAUGUCUGCCCAGGUCGCUAUGGACGAUCCUGCCAAUGGAGGCUAUUUGUCGGUUGCUUCGGUGGCUUUUGAUGUUCACCUUUCGGAGAUUCUGGCGCCGCUCACGACGGGUUUUCCAAUCGUAUCUGCUCCGAGGGCAUUGUUACUCGAGGAUUUACCAUUCUAUAUCAAGGAACUUCAUAUUUCUCACAUCGGUAUCGUUCCGAGUCUAAUUGAGGCAACCAUGAAUGCCGUUCAGGAUGACGUGGACUCCGGUCACCUUACUUCUUUACGGUACCUUGCUAGCGGCGGAGAGAAGAUGAGCAAUGCGAUUCUCGACAAAUGGGGAAAUCAUCCCAUCGUAAAGCUAGCUAAUUUCUAUGGCCCCAGUGAAGCGACUAUCGGUUGUGCAGCCCGUUUCAUGAAUAGGCUCACUCCUCGAGCAAACAUUGGACGUACUUUUGCCAGUGUUUCGUCUUACGUAGUAGACGAGAACAUGAACAUUGUUCUCCGCGGAAAUCCUGGAGAACUCGUUGUCGAGGGUCCGUUAGUCGGUCGUGGCUAUAUUGGACGUCCGGAUCUGACUGAGAAGGUGUUCCUCGACUUCCCAGAGAAGGGUCAAGGGCGUUGGGCCUAUCGAACUGGAGAUCUUGUCCGCAUGAUGCCAGACCAGACGUUGGAGAUUCUCGGCCGAAUCGACACUCAGAUCAAAUUAAGGGGAGUCCGAAUCGAGUCGGAGGGUAUUUCAUCGAUCGUUCGCAAUGCUGCACUUCCCGAUCUUACGCUCGAUGUCGUCACUGUGCUUGCAAAGCACCCAAGUAUCGGGACGGACCAAUUGGUCACCUUUAUUGCAUGGGAUGCCUCAGUGCCCAUUGGUAUCCGUAAGUCUAAAGCGCCGAGUUAUGUUUCUCCACCUGCAGGUCUGUUGGACCGGAUCCACGAGGCUUGCGAUCAACACCUCGCCAGUUACAUGAGACCAAGCCAUAUCAUCUCACUCAACUGGAUCCCGUUGAAUCCCAACCUCAAGGUCGAUGCGAAGACCCUCGUACAAGUGUUCGUAAACUUGGACGUUGAUACACUCACUCGUGCCGCUCGAGAUGAGGCAGACGGUGACGAUGAACCUCUCAUUGAAGACGAGAAAGAAAUCCUCGCGGUGGUGGCGGAUCAUCUUGGUUUCCCUGUAGACAAACUUGGUCCACACUCGAAUCUUUUCGAAUGGGGUCUCGACUCUAUGGGUGCGAUCAAAUUGGCGGCGCACUUAAGGACUACUUUCAGAGUGAAGAUAUCGGCUGCGGACAUUAUGAGAGACCCUACGGCUCGAGGUGUAGCGGGACAGGUUCGCAAAGACACUUCAUCUAGCAAGCCGUCGUUUGUGAAGCAAUUCUCUCAAACUUGGCAUGAAGAAGUUGUGCAGACAUUCCCUUCCGUUCAAGUCGAUAACGUUCUUCCACCUUUCCCCGUCCAGGAGGGUGUUCUCUCUCGUUCAAGUGAGAUCCGCACGAUGUACGUGCAACAUGUACUUCUUGAAUGCAAGCAGGAUACGUCUGUCUCUGGGUUGCGUGAUUCUUGGCAUGCGACUAUGAAAGGUCGAGACAUACUACGUACCAUUUUCUUCUUCGGUCGAGAUCUUGUUCAGAUAGUCCUGCAUCCCGAUCAGUGUCAGGUACCGUGGAAUGAGAAGACUACGCCCAUAGAAGACACAGAAUCCUUCCGAGAGGAUUUCCUUUCCACUGAUGCGCCCCUCAUUGCUACCGAUAUUAAUAGUCAUCUGUCAGACAUCCCCUUAUUCAGGCUGACCUUGUACACAUCGCCGUCCAGCAAACAGUUCCUCGCCGUUUCCAUUCAUCAUUCCUUGUUCGAUGGAAUCUCUCUGCCGCUGCUUCUUGCGGACGCGGAGCGAGCGUAUCUUGGCCAGAGCUUACAGCCGUCUCCAUCACCGGAUAGCGUCCUCGAUUCUAUCGCAUCCAUUGAUAUGGAAAAGGCUCGCGAGCAUUGGGCACGGAUGUUUUCAGGUUACGAUUGGCGGAAAACCUCGUUCAGAGUUGCGACGGAAUCGAAAAUGUCGAUGAUCUCCGUGCCGUUUUCUAUGUCUUUGUCUGCUUUGCAGCGGAAGGCCUCUGCCCAGCGAACGACAAUUCAAGCGCUUCUCAUGUCUGCUUAUGGAUACCUCAUUGCAACGUCGAUGUAUGGCGAAGAUGAUGUUGUUUUUGGGGUUAUCCGCUCUGGACGUUUGUUACCGGUCGAAGGCAUCGACACUGCUCCUUACCCACUUUUGUCAGUGACUCCUGCACGUGUGAAUUUUACGCAGUCCGAAGGAGUUCUCCGCGAAGUACAACGCAACAUCUCUUCGAGUGUUGACUUCGAGCAUGUACCUUUGGGUCGGGUGGCUCAAUGGGUCCGCAGUGGAAAGCCGCUCUUCGAGACCUUAUUCUCUGUUUCAUACAAAGACGAGGGAGAAAGUUCAAUAUGGUCUGCUGUGGGAAGCCAGAAUCCGGAACCGGAGUAUAUCCUCGCAGUGGAGGUGGUCCUUGAUUCUGAGGCGGACCGCUUGGUUGUGCAUACAGGCUACACCGCCAAGGACUUGUCGCCCUAUGUUGCUGAAGGAAUCGCACAACGAAUGGAAGAAGUCGUGCUCCAACUGAGUGACGAUGAUACACGCGAAAGGUUGUUGUCUGCGGUACUAGGCUCACGAACAGCGACUCCCGAUACCGAAGGUACCGUAGACGUGGAAGACCCUAUUAGUGACAAAGGGCCUUUGGACGAAGCACUUGUCGAGACUCUUCGCAAGACCAUCUCCGAUUUCUUACGAUUGGACGCGGACCUGCUCACAAUCGACACUUCACUCAUUGGAUUGGGUCUUGACUCCAUUAGAUCCGUAGGGCUUAGCCGUGUCAUCCGUGCACAAGGUUACAAGAUUAGUUCCGUGGAUCUUAUGAAGUACUCUACUGUUCGUCGGCUGGCUAGUUUCCUAGUAAAUCAGAAGACCGGUAACGUCGACGAUGCACGUGUCAGUCGUUCGGCGGAACAUCCAGCAUUCAAUCAGGAACUGGCGUCCUUGCAGAAAGCGGUCGAUGUCGAUUCGUGCAAACUGUCCUCUGACGAUGUUGUCAAGAUAUUCCCGACCACCAUGCUACAAGCAGGUAUGCUUUCUCAGACUGUCAGCUCCGAUGGUCGACGCUAUUUCCAUGUCUUCCCUUUGCGAUUGAAGGAGGGCACUGACGUUUCACGCGUUCGGGAGUCAUGGCUUAAAGUCCUGCAGGGACACAGUAUUCUUCGAACCUCAUUCCAUUUCGUAUCCGACCAAGGAGUUUGGGCCCAAGCCGUUCACACGGUCUCAGAUUUGAAGUGGUCUGAAGGUCCCACUCGUGGAGCUGAAGACUACUUACAAGAGCUCAUUGCUUCCAAACAUUGGGAAGGUGGAGAGGGAUUCCGUGAACUACCGUUUUACCUCCACCUCAUGGCAGAUUCCGAGAGUGAUCACAAGAUUCUUAUACUAAUCAUGCAUCACGCGCUUUACGAUGGCAUCUCUAUCAACAUACUCCUUGACCUCGUGCAGGCGGCGUACUAUGGAGAAGCGGGCGGACCUUCAACUCAAUUUUUCGACGUUCUACCCCAGGUCAUUCGAGAGGAACGCCAGGGCACCCCGUUCUGGUUGCGGAAGUUGCGUAACUUGGAUAACGUCAAGAGUUUACCAAGGCGACAUGAGGUAGCUGAGGGUCUCUCACAUGUGGCGACACACGCGAUAGCUGUGGACAGGAAUACUAUUGAGAACAUCCGGCGUACGGCUGCGGUGACAAUCCAGUCUAUUACUCAAGUUGCAUAUGGGAAGCUUCUCGCUGUACUAACGUCAUCCAGGGAUGUUAUCUUCGGCCAUGUAGUGUCAGGCAGAAGUAUACCCGGUGCCGAGGACGUGCUAGGACCGAUGCUUAAUACCAUCCCGAGUCGCAUCCAACUCUCAGACAAGCUCAGCAAUCUAGAUCUGACGAAGAUCGUCCAUGCGAAUAAUAUUGAUGCAUUGCCUUGGCAGCAUGCCUCACUUCGGGCUAUUCACCAAGCCCUCGCUGUUGCCGAAUUGUGGGAUAGCUUGUUCGUGUUCCAACCUGCGCAACCUUCGCAUCUAUCAGGCGCGCCCAUUUGGGAAUUCGACACUUCUGAAGAGGAAAUCGAUGCGAAUAUACAGUAUGCUCUGAACGUGGAAAUCCAUGAGAUGGAGAGUGGAUUCACCGUUCAAGCAGCUUGUAGCGCGGAGGUUAUGGAUCUCGCGGAACUCAAAGAUGCUCUGGAUCGAUAUGGAAAGACUCUCGUCCACUUAAUUCAUCACGUCGAUCAGAGCUGCAUGGAAGAUAUCUCGGAGGUUCCUGCGAAUAUUGUACCCACUAUCAAAGACCAAACUCGGGAAAUCAGCGAUGAGGAUUCAAUAGAUAUAUCUGGAGAGGACUUCACCACGCUUUGCGAUAUCCUGGUCGCCGCCACGAAAAUGUCUCACGACCACAUCCAUGCAGGCACACAUCUCAUCGCUCUUGGAGUCGAUUCUAUUACCGCGAUCCAGAUAGCUGGAAAAUAUAGACGUCUUGGUGUCCGCCUUCGUGCGGAAGAUAUCCUUCGUAGCAAGACUGUGGCGGACGUCCUUCGCAAAAUCCGCUCGUCAUCUACUGCUGUGGAGGCCCCUGUCCAAUCGCCUCAAAGUAUCUCCGCGUCGGUCCCGGUCAGCGAAGCCUCCGCCAUCAGUGCGCAUUUCGAUGUCGAGUCCCAAUCAUUGAUCGAGGACAUCACAGUCGCGUCUCCUGGAAUCAAGUGGUUGAUUGGUGCAUGGCAGAAUAGUAACCGUUCACGUUUCCAACAUGCAUUCGCUUAUCGACUGCCUUCUGACGCGAACGUUGGGAAGCUGCGACAUGCGUGGAUUUCCUUAUUGGAACGUCAUGCCAUUCUUCGAUCCACCAUUGCUUCCGCAGCUAGCGCGAACGAGCCUCGACUUGUGAUCUUCAAACCAGAGCCGAGCCUACUUAUCUCGACAUGGGAGGAAAUCACACUUGAUGACGUCUCCGUCCCUGAGGAGGAGAUAGCGACUAUUAUGAAACAGCUAGUGUCUUCGCCGCCGAACUUGAAGAAACCUCCGACACGUGCGAAGUUCGUCAGUGCGCAAGCGGCCAAAUACGUGAUUCUUUAUAUGAACCACUUCCAGUACGAUGCGUGGAGCUUGCCGCUACUCGUUGAUGAUUUCACCAGGUUGUAUGCAUCUGAGUCUUGCUCGAGUUCCAAUGCACUCGUCCCCUGGCUGCAUACUACCACUGCGAAGGAUGCUACGCUAACGGAGCAGAGACGUUACUGGCAGUCAAUUUUCACUUCGCCUUUCCGAUCCUCGUUCUUCCCCGCACUCAAUGAGCAUGGCGGUUCCAGAAACGGCCGUUUCGUGCAUACAGAUGAGCAUGCGAUUGCUGACGCUACCAAACUCCAGAAUCGUGCUCGCAUCGAAGGACUUUCAUUGAAUGCGGUGUUCCUGGCGGCUUGGAGCAAGCUGCAGUCGAAAUACACGGCCAAUGCAGACUCAACCUUCGGACUGUGGCACUCGGGUCGGUCUGCGACUUUCGAUCAGAUCGAAAGGCUGGCGGUGUCUUGCAUGAACGUCCUACCUAUGCAUGUUUCGAAUUCUCAAUCGAAAGCCCUCCUAGAAUUAGCGCAUCAAAUCCAAGAUGACCUUCGCAAGCGCACAUCGGCCGUUGAACAGACUGACCUAGCUCAUCUGGAUCAGUGGGUCAGUGGAGGCGGUAAACCACUGUGCAAUGUCUAUGUCAACAUCGUUAAAGUGGCUCCAGACGUCGAAGGCUCUGAAGCGUCUCAAUCGUUCUUCACCGGGCUUGAGGUUCCGUAUUUCGUCCCUAAUGGACCUGUCUCCGAUGACGAUUUCGUCGAGAAGCUCAAAGUAACGGAGCUUGUCCAGGAUGACAUCAUGAUAGACAUUGUAGCAAUGCCGUCUGGUGCGAUCUUGAUGUCUUUGGAAACCUGGGAAAACGUAAUAGGUACAAGCCAAGCAGAGAAGAUCGUGGCUGAAUGGGCCAAACUUGUGCGGGAUGCCCUGGCGUGAAUCAUGGGAGAGAAUUUCGUCGUCAUUUUGUAUAUCUUAGUGAUUGUUGUAUUCAUAUUCCUCGCAAACGAAUAUAUGUAUUCCUUGUGUAUC